UGCACCCAUCUCCCUCCAUUCCUGUGCCGCUCCGGGAGCCGAGAGCAGCCGUUCCUGGAUAGAUACUUCUGACAUUGCGGGAGUGUGAACCCGCAGACCCCCUGCGACCUGGAGGGAGUGUGACCGCACAGACCCCCCUGCGACCUGGUGGGAGUGUGACCGCACAGACCCCCCUGCGACCUGGAGGGAGUGUGACCGCACAGACCCCCCUGCGACCUGGAGGGAGUGUGACCGCAGAGACCCCCUGCGACCUGGAGGGAGUGUGACCGCAGAGACCCCUGCGACCUGACAGCGGAGCCUGAGACAGGAUAGUAGCGCCGAGGACUACAGGUACAUUAUGGCAGAUAAGAACUAUAAAGGGUUGCUAAUACGCCACUGUGAUUUGUCUGGGCUGACUUUUCGCUUUGAGGAAUGCAGGACAGGACCAUCUCAUGAUCCAAGGUUUACUUCCUAUGUGUUUAUAAAUGAAGAAAAACUUGGAGAAGGACAAGAUAAAACAAAGAGGGCGGCUGAGAACCUUGCAUGCAAAAUGGCUUUGCUUGCUCUGCAAAACCAAGAUCAGGAAAAUCGUGAGACGGCUCAGGCAGUAGGAAACUCUGCUUCGCCAGGCGGUCCUGUAGUAGGACCUGUAGCAAGUCCAUCACUGGUUAAUGGAGCAGCCAGUAACAUUGUGGUUGACCAAAAUUAUGUUGGAUUGUUCAAUGAAUUUUGCCAGAGAAAUGAAUUGUUGAAUUAUAGUUUUGAGAAUGAUCGCAGGGGACCUUCUCAUAUACCAGAAUUUGUCUGCAGUGUUGUAAUUAGUCAAAGGAAGUUUCCUGAAGCUACAGGAAAAAGCAAGAAAGAGGCAAAGAAGAAUGCUGCAUAUCUGGCAUUAAAAGUGCUGAAGCAGGAAUAUCCUGGGGAUCUUCAGCUACGACAGGUCCCAGGACUAGACGAUGUAGAAGAAGCGAAAGAAGAUAGUACUGAAUCAGUAGAAAGUGCCCAAGAUAGUUCUUCUUCAGAUGUGCAGAGGACGGAAAGUGAACCUUUACAGUCAGAAAGUGAUUCCCAGGUUACAUUUCACUCUUCAGCCACUGGGACUCCAUCUGUACCAAGCAGACCACACAGACGCAUUGAGUUAGCAGCUAACUUCAGAAACUGCCAGCCAACACAUGGUGUGACCACUGAAAACAAAACUUAUUUUUCCAGCUUUCUACAGGAUUUUGACAGUAUCACAAGGCUUGAUUCUGGUGGAUAUGGGACAGUAUACAAAGCAAGAAAAAAGAUUGAUAAAAAAUAUUAUGUUGUUAAAAAAGUAAAGAGGCUCUCAGAAAAAGAUGAGAAUGAGAUCCAAACGUUAGCAAAUUUAGGACAUAAGAACAUUGUUCGGUACUACCAUUCCUGGACUGGAGAAGACAUCUUUACAGAUAACGGCAGUGGCGGGCAUAAAGUCGAGAGCCUGUUCAUUCAGAUGGAAUUGUGUGCAAAUGGCACAUUGGAAAAUUGGAUCAGUAAGAGGGAAAUAGUUGAUAAGCUCAAAAGUCUUCAUAUUUUCAGGCAAAUCAUUGAUGGUGUGGAAUACAUUCACAGUAAUAAUCUAAUCCACAGAGAUUUGAAACCAGCAAAUAUAUUGUUUGCAGAAGAUAUGACUGUAAAAAUAGCAGAUUUUGGACUGGUGACGCCAAUAAGUGGAAAAGACAAAAUAAAGCCCCUUUUACGAACUGUUGGACAGGGAACUGAGAGCUACAUGGCACCAGAACAGGAGAAUGACAUUUACGAAAAUGAAGUUGAUAUCUACCCAUUAGGACUGAUAUUGGUUGAACUGUUCUGGAAGUUUGACAUUAAAUACAAAUAUAAAGAAUGGGAGAAACUAAGAAAUGCUGAACUGCCACCGAAAUUUGUCCAACAGUUUCCCUCUGAGGAAGCAAUAAUCAAGAGGAUGUUAUCAAAGGAAGCUAAGAAAAGACCAACAGCCUCUUUCCUGAAGGAGUACUUUGAAGAAAAGGCUAUUUACCAUUCAAAAACACGAUAAUGAGGCAUCUUUAUUGCCAUACAACUCUACUGGAAAAAGUGAAAUGUUGAUCUGCACUAGGGAACCUAUAACCACAAUCUUCAUUCAGAAUAAUGAGCAUCAUAUGACCCUUUACAGUAGUAUAUUGUUUAGUUUAGUAUAUUGUAACUCCCGAAAAAAGAUUCCCCUGUAUAAUUUCUUCAUACACACUAGUUAGACCCCAUGCACUUGACUGCAUUUACCUAAUAGAACUGCCUAUUCUUGUCUUCAAAACCGGCAAGAAUAGGACAUGUUUUAUUAGUUGCGGACAGGACACAAAUGACAUCUUUGUGUUAUCUGCAUUAUUUGCGGCCCCAUAGAAAUGAAUGGGUCGCCACAUAAAAUGCGGACCCAAAAUACAGUCGUGUGCAUGAGACCUUAAUGUAAUAACCUGGUCACUGUUGGACAUUUGUAGUUAAUGCAGACCUUUCAUGUUUUUUUAAUUCUAGAUAAAUACCAUUAGUUGCUGGGUAGCCCCCGCUGAUGCUGCCAGAAGAAUAUGUUUUUUUUUUUUUUGUUUUUUUUAAUAUGGCUCCUACGCUCCGCUGUGCCCCCCUGUGGUUUUCCCACUCAGUAUGCAAAUACUGAGCGGGAAUAUAAAAAAAAAACAGGCAGGGUGGCAGCAUCAGCGGGGGGUACCCCACAUAUGAAGGUAUUUAUCUAGAAUAAAAAAAACAAAAACAUGGAAGGUUCACUUUAAAGGGGUUUUCUAUACAUUUUUAUUGAUGGCCUAUAUUUAAGGUAGGCCAUUAAUAUGUGAUCUGUGUAGGUCUAACUCCCAUUAUCACAGCAGAAUAAGGGUCUUUUUGGGGAACAGUGGCCCUUUCACUGUUGUUUCUGACACAGUAUGUUAGUGCUGCAGCUCAACCUAAGCUCAGCUUCAUGAUGCUGAAUUGCCACUGUCUGGUACAGCUGUGAAGGGGCCACGCAAACGCAAGAGCCCAUAUUCUUCUGAGCAUAAGGAUAGGUCAUAAAUGUAAAUUCCUGUAAACCCUCUUUAGAGCUUCAACCUGUGGGAAUACAACCAACCAAGAACCAAGGGGCAACAGCAUGAAUAAGUUCUGCUACCCAGUCACUAUGUUUUUAUGCACAUAGAGACUCUUCUGGACACUUGCCCCAAUCACUUGCAGUACCUUACACACCUAGGUGGCUGGGCAGCACCUUGCAGGGAAAAAACUAUGAUCAGAUCAGGGUCAGAGAGGUGGGACACCACCAAUCUCCAAUUCCCCUCUUUUAGUGAAGUUGUAUUCAUGCAUAUUGGUUCACCACCCUAUUCACAUAUAUUGGACUAACCGCGAUCCUUGGAUGCCAUAGGAAUUAAUGUAGCGGUUGAUUGUCAUGCACUCUACUACUCCCCUCACAGAAGGGGACUUUGGAACCCCCCUUCUCUCUGGUUCGUUUGGGGUACAAGUGUUUGGACUCCCAUGUAUCCAACAUUUACCACCUAUUCUCUAAAUAGGUGAUAAAUAUUUCUCUUGGAAUAACUCCUUUAAGUGACAUCACAUCCUAGUGAAAUGUCAUCAUUUAGGUAGAUUGGAAUACCUCGUAAAUGAUAAAUGAAUUUUGGAAGAAGUGUUUCUUGUUUAAUACUGCUACGUUAUGAUGUUCAGUGCAAAAAAAAAGAAAGAUCAUGUAAUUAUAUAUUGUAUAUUAAAGGGGUUGUAUCAUCCCAGACAAUGGGGGCAUAUCACUAGGGUAUGCCCCAUUGUCUUAUAGGUGCAGGUCCCACACUUAUAUCAAGAACGGAUCCCCGUGUCCUCCAGCCACCACUUUGCGGGGCUCCGUUCUCGAUGUAUGCAAGGAAAUGCUUGGAGGACACAGGCCUCAGCAUCCCUGCUGUAACUGUGUAAAUACUUCCAUGUGUGUGUGUUCUAAACUGGGAGAUGGGAAUAAGCCGCUGCCAGGAACCACUGCUGGUUUAUCUCCCCGGGAGAAAGAAAUACCUGGCACAGUGAUUUUCUGUCUCCCAACAUUUGAGUGGGAUGAGUCAAGGACCCCCCAUACAGUUUAGAUGGUUGUCUGGUCCCACCUAAAUCAUUGGAUUUGGCCAACGUUCAUCUAAUGUGUAUGCCAUCAUUAACUGUCACCUAAAUCUACAAUGUUUCCACAUAAAAUUUUCAUUUUAUAGUGGUUGUCCAAUUUCAUGACAUUGAUGACCUGUCCUCAGUAUAGGUUAUCAAUAUCAGAUCAGUGGGUGUCCAAUUCCCAGUACUAGGGAUGAGCAAAUCGACUUCGGAUGAAAC